CAAACGUAUAAGUCGACGGCCCGCUGCACACACAGACGCUCACUCAAUCAAUCAGUCCACCUGUUGACAAGGCAGAUCUCGACCUGACAGCAAACAGCUCAUCGGUGUGCUUGUGAGUGAGCCAAUCGCCGCAUCUUCCCACCUACCGUUGGACGAGAAGCUGCUAUAGCUACGUUGCCGGAUAAUCCAUCGGGCCAACAGCGGGAAGCGGCUGAGCGAUGGGCAUACGGACUCGUCCUCAAGAGGGUCUCACUGUGCCUCCACUGGCCAAGAGCCUUGCGAGGACCAGUUCUCCCUUCUCUCAGGCUCGCAUCGAUCGGCUUGCGAGUUGACAAAGGAGUGCGAAGGAGCCCUUCUGGUGGGCUCAGAGGGUUCGUCAGGAGCCAAGCACUCAGCCGCAGUGAGCCCCAAUCACUUUGGAUGAAUUGCUUUCGGUGGAAAGGGCAGCUCACAUGGCUCCCUAUGCGUGUGUCAGGGUGUGUGCACAUGACUCACAGACUCAUAUAUGGACACAAUGUUUGUGCACGAACAUGAAGCCCAUGAUGCAGUGAGUGAGUCAGUGCUAUAGACACCCCCGCUGCCCUCACUCUCCACAGCCCCGUGCAGCUGUCUACCUAGACCGUCGAGCUCACGGGCCUGGCUGUCUGUCUGUCAGUUGCUCGCGCGGCUCAACUCUCGUGCACGGUCGCCGUGCCCCUCCUGGUCCGCAAUGGUGACAUACACUUCAUCCAUAGCAUCGAUCUCACGGCAUAAAAGAGCUACACAGCCCCCAGUGUGCUACACGUCCUCGCAGCUUCCCUUCCCUCCCUCCCGCCCGCCAUCUCGCACAUGUACGGACGUUGGCAGGCGGGUAGGAAGGUCACGUGAUUGGCUGAUCGGCCCACUGCCGCACCUCAUCGCGCGACCCGGCGAACACCACCUUGGUCUUGCACUGCUCACACAGGUACUCCGGCUCGUCCAGCAGCUCCACCAGUGGUAUCUUCUUCUCCUUCUUGCGGCCCUCGUUCUUUCUCUUGAUGCCCUCAUUCUCCUCACGCCGCCGCGCAUUCUCCGCCCGCACCUGGUGGAGGUCCCGCCGCCACUUGCUGCAGCGGUCGUCAUAGCACUGGCGACACAGCCGCAGGUGUCUGCAGGGCAUGUACAUGACCGAUGGGGGCGCGUCGAGGCAGAUGGCACACUCACGCCCAUCUCCCUCUGGCUCGGCUCCCUCUGGCUCGGCCGCUGCCGGUGGCUGCUGUUGCGGUAGAAGGGCCGCUUGGGCACACGACUGACUGGCUAGCUCGCUGGCUGACCAGUGCACCGCUGAAGUCCUCCUGUUUCGUGGUGAUAUACACGGGCUCGCCGGUGUUCUCUAUCUUGUGCUCAGCUGCAACGACAUGGCAUGCAAACCACAGCGAAUGAUAACAGGACGGAAGGCAGCCAUGCGCACGUGUGGGCGUAAGGUGCUUCCCUUCCUGUCUGUCCUCACGUUUGGAGAUCUCGCGCCACAGGUCCACAUAGAAGUCCACGAACGAGCGAUCAUCUUUGCAGUACUUGUCGUGCGCAUCGAGAAGCAGACGCAGCCUCCAAUCAAUCUUCUGAAGAAGGGAUUACAGACAGACAGACAGACAGACGGAGAGGGGAACAAUGCACACGUGUUGUUUGGCAGGCAGGCCUCCCUCUAGCCUGCCUGCCUGCCUACCUACCUGCGUGACGUUGUGUGUGCUAGGCCGUACACGUACCUGAUCGAUAGGCCGCUCUAGGGCGAUUCUCCAGAGUGCCUCAAUCCGGCCAGCUGUGUCCUUCUUCCUGCACGCGUCCAUGGUAAAGCCGUGCUGAUAGCCGCUGUUCAGCAGAGCAUGUUCGACGAAUGACUCGAAGAGCAUGAGGGUGUUGAGGGACCCCAAUUCCAUCGACAAGUACAGCCGCAGCUCAUCCAUCUCCUUAUCCUGCAGCAAGAGCUCGAGAAGAGAGUCGCCUGUGGUUAAUGAACUGAAGUGAGUAGGUGAGCGGGCAAACCUUGUCGAGAACCAGGCCCUGCAUAGCCGAAGACAGCACCUUCUCCAGGCUCUCCUCAUCUUGCUGCAGCUUAGUGAUCCUCCUCCGCGGUGUUUGCUGGUUGCAUACAAGAAAGAUGAACCUCCCAAGACGACGAAUCGGCCGCCAGAUCGGGCGGGUCACGUUCCUGAUAAAUGGCGGGACGUUGAGCUCUGUGAUGACAUGAUGGCGGGUGAGGGGCUGACGGCUGCUUGCGCGUGAGCCUGGGCUGCGGUUGCGCAAGAGCUGCGGAGAGGUGAAGGCGGCGCCGAUGGUCAGCAGAGAGAGGAUAGCAAGGAAAGACGCCAAGCUGAUAGGCAAUGCCAUCGGGUGCUCUCGCUCAAGGCAACGGUGGAGCAGGCAUUCAUGAAUGAACAGGGAAAAGGGGCGGGUCGUCUCUUAGCGUGCAGGUUGGGAGUUGCUGCGAGUGAGAGGGCAAAGAUUGCUGGCCCUGUGACUCUUUCGUCGUAUUUGUCUGUCAGAAAGCUAAGGUGAGUCACUGUGAUUCAAAUUGCUCAUUGUCG